GAUAAUACCGAGUUAAAUUCUUAUCAAAUGCCCACCAUAAUAUAAAGCUAGUUCCACAUUUCCAAGCCUUGUGAAACCAAGUCAUGUCAGGUCUCUUCUGGUACGACUACCUCGUAUUUUUCAUAGUACUAGCAAUCAGUUCCGGUACCGGAAUUUAUUAUGGCUGUUUUGGAAGCAAGCAAAAAACAGUCAAAGAGUACCUUUUGGGAGGCAAAAAAAUGUCAACUCUACCAAUCGGAAUUUCGGUAGCCGUAAGUCACUUUUCGGCAAUUACCAUAAUGGCAGCACCGUCCGACAUUUACAAAUUUGGAGCAUACUACAUUUACACUACGAUCGGUAUGGCACUACUGGGAUUGCUAGCAAUUUUUGUCUUUUUCCCCGUUUUUUUCAAACUGCAAGUUACCAGCAUUUACGAGUAUUUGGAAAAACGCUUCGAUCACAAAACCAAAAUUUUCGUGUCAUUUUUGUUUAUUUUGGGGGAGGUUUUCACCAUUGCCGUUAGCACUUUCGCACCGUCCUUGGCACUAGCCGCAGUUACUGGUUUUCCUAUUUCGUACAUUAUCAUCUGUGUAUUUGGCACAUGUAUUUUCUACACUACAAUCGGAGGGUUAAAAACCGUCGUUUGGACUGAUAUUUUCCAACUUGGGAUUAUUUUCUUAUCUCUUAUUGUAAUUUUUGUAGUCGGGUUAAAUACCACAGGGAAUUUUUCAACAAUAUGGAAAACAGCACUCGAUGGUGGAAGACUCGAUAUUUUGAAUUUUAAUUUAGAUCCAACGCUUCGUGACAGUUUUUGGUCGUACGUGAUUGGUUUUACGUUACAUUGGACAAAUUAUGUGAGUCUUUCACAGUCUGGAGUUCAAAAAUUUCUAGCGCUACCGACGUUUCGUGAAUGGAUUUGGGCAAUGGUAUUUUAUGUGAUAACAAUGGAAAUUGUGGAGAUAUUUACCGUUUUACUGGGUCUUUUAGUCUAUGCACAUUAUGCAAAGUGUGAUCCUUUUAUUACCGGAAAAAUACAACGACACGAGCAGUUAUUACCAUAUUACACCGCCGAAAUCGCGGGACUUAUUCCUGGUGUUGUUGGUUUUACUUUGGUUGGAUUAUUUUGUGCUACCAUGAGUACAAUUUCUUCAAGUUUGAAUGCCAUAUCUGGUGUCGUUUACAAAGAUUUCCUAUCGCAAUUUUUAAAAAGCAAUAUUACGGAAAAAACGUCUGGUAGAAUUUUACGAGCGAUUGUCAUCAUUGCUGGUACUUUAAGUAUGUUUCUGGUACUCGUGUUGCAACAUUUGGGAGAUCUUCUCCCUCUGGUAGUCAGUGGAUGUUCAAUGGGAUUUGGACCAACAGCAGGUGUUUUUUGUUUAGGUUUUCUGUUCCCGAAAGCUAACGCUAAGGUAAAACUGAACAAUACAAACAAAAUUAUAUUAAAUAGCAAGUCUAGGGUGCAUUUAUCGGAGCAGUUGUUUCAUUUUUAUUCCUAAUUUUCGUAUUCGUUGUUUCAAAAUUGUACCGAUACAAGAAAAUCAUUGUGGAUGUUACGUUACCAUUUUCUGUAAGUGGAUGUUUGAGUAAUGAUACAAUUCCUAACGGUUUUCUUCGACAAAACAACGUUACUAUAGAUUCAGAGUUCAAACCUUUUUUCAUAUUCAGGUUAUCGCAUUUUUAUAACUGCGUUUUAGGACUUAUUGUUACAAUAGUCGUUGGAUUAAUUAUAAGUUAUUUAACAAAUAAGAACGAUCCUCCAGUUGAUUGUGAAUUGUUAAGUCCUAUAAUUCGUCGUUUUUUGAAGAAAGACAAACUCAAAAUUAGUAGUCGAGAAAUGAAAGCUCUCGUGACGAAGGAAUGUAAUUCGCAAGAAAAAUAGAAAACUUUUAAUAAGUUUUCUAACAUUCUUUUAAAAAUCAAAUUAUAAUUAUGAACAAUUAGGUACUGGCAAAUAUUUACUCCAUCAAAAAAAAUCCUUGAAUACAACAGAAAUAAGAAGCCUUAUGUAUCACACAAUUUUUAAUAAUAAAGUUACGUAAAUACCUAAUAUGAAGAAAAUUAUUUCUACUUCCGCCUUCCUCCUCUCUCAAAUAAUACCAACCAUUUUUUUUUCGUUAAAACUUAAAAUUUCUUUGUAAUUUUGUAAUUAUAACCAGAACAACUAGUAUUUAAAAUAUACCUAAUAUAAAUUUUUAAUAUAAUACUUAUCACUAAAAUUCCGAUAAACGCUUUAAAAAUAAAAAUGUGACGUGUUUUCCCACAUCAUAGUUUUGAAAGUCGUACAAAAUUAACCAUGUUUCAAUUUUUUUGGUAUGAUUACCUUAUUUUUAUUAUUGUGCUAAGUGCCAGUGCUUUAAUUGGAGUCUAUUAUGGCUUCUUUGGAAGCAAACAAAAAACCGUCAAUGAGUAUUUAUUAGGAGGGAAGAAAAUGAGCGUUUUUCCGGUGGCAGUGUCCCAAGCUGUGAGUCACUUUUCGGCCAUAACUAUAAUGAUUGUGCCAGUUGAAAUUUACAAAUUUGGUGGCUUUUACUUGUACGUUCUCUUCGCUGUGGAUUUGAUGAGUUUGAUAACCAUUUAUAUUUUUCUGCCCGUUUUUUUCAACUUGCAAAUUACAAGUGUUUACGAAUAUUUGGAGAAAAGAUUCGACAGUAGGACCCGAUUAUUAAUUUCGCUAUUUUUCGUCAUUUCGGAAAUUUUGACACUUUCUAUCUGCCUCUAUAUUCCAGCUUUAGCAAUUUCUGUAGUUUCUGGCUUUCACGUCCACUUGAUAACAGUUACUAUUAGUGCCAUUUGUAUAUUUUACACUACAAUUGGCGGUUUGAAAACAGUAGUGUGGACCGAUUUUCUUCAAGUGGGGAUAAUUUUACUGUCUCUCAUAAUCGUCCUUAUUUUGGGUUUCAUUUCUAGCGGAAAUGUUUGGAAUAAAGCACUUGAAACUGGAAGACUUGAUAUUUUUGAUUUUAGCUUAGAUCCCACAAAACGCGACACAUUUUGGACAUUUGUGGUUGGAUAUACGAUUCAUUGGACCAAUUACGUUAGUCUGACACAGUCCGGUGUUCAAAAAUAUUUAACACUACCAACACUGAAAGACUGUAACAAUGCCGUCAAAAUUUUUGCGCUUGUGAUGAAUGUUGUCGUAAUUCUUUGCAUCUUAUUGGGAUUUUUAAUUUACGCUCACUAUUCAAACUGUGAUCCUUUACUAAGUGGAAAAAUUAAAAAACACGAACAGCUGGUGCCCUAUUACAUUAUGGAAAUUGCUGGAAAUUUACCGGGAGUUUUUAGUUUGACUCUUGUCGCUUUCUUUUGUGCAUCACUGAGCACAAUUUCUUCAAGUUUAAACGCAAUUUCCGGCGUCAUUUAUAAAGACUUUGUUACAAAAUUUGUAAAAAGUGAAAUUACCGAAAAGACAGCUGGGUACAUUUUACGAAUCAUUGUGGUCAUUGCUGGUAUUUUAUUCGUUUUGAUUGUUUUCGUUAUUGAACAUUUAGGCGAUAUUUUUCCUUUGGUCAUGAGUAUGACAGCUUUCGUGGAUGGACCUUCUGUUGCUUUAUUCACAUCAGGAGUUUUAAUCCCCAAAAUGAACGCCAAGGGAGCUUUUAUUGGAGCUAUUGUAGCUUUCAUAAUUCAAGGAGUUAUUUUCAUAAUUUCAAAAAUAUAUCUCUACAAUAAGGCCAUUGUUGCUAUUCCUAAACCUAAAAUGGGUGUUUUAAUCAGACAAUUUUGUCAAACGUUUUUUUAACCAACUUUACCAACACUACAACAGGGAAUCAACCGUUUUUUAUAUUUCGUCUGUCACAUAAUUACCAGUGCUUAUUUGGAGCAAUUUUAACGAUAGUUAUUGGUCUAAUUGUAAGUCACUUAACCACGAAGAAUAAUCUACCAGUGGAUAGUGGGUUGUUCAGUCCUGUUAUUCAUCGUUUCCUUAAAAAAUCUUCGUCAAACCGUGGCCAAGAAUCGCAAGAAUUGAUGCAACAUCACAAUGAAAAUUGUAAUAAUCAUGAAAAGAAAUGAAUAAAUGUAUUGUUCGUUUUAAAAAUACAUUUUUAUAAAAUU